UAAUGGAGAUGAGCUCGAUUAAGGAAGCGAAGAGGGAUUUGAUAACGCUUGACCUCCUCGGAGGAGUCUCUCCGGCUGCCGGAGCUCAGGAUGUCGCCGAUGUGAGCCUAAAGGCGCCUUCUUUCGGCUGCCAUCACCACCCCCUUCUCCGGCCUCUGCAGGACCUUAACCAGAUGCCGGAGGACGUGGUUCGGCGGAAGCAGGCGGCGGGGCUUUUCGCCGGCGGGGGCGGCCAAAGCGUGUGCACGAUCGAGAGGGUGAGGAUGGCGCUGGAGCGGGCGGGGCGCGAAUCGCAAGGCGAGCGGCGACUCAGCGCGGCUGCUGAGGCGGAGAGCUCCGUGGUUUCUCCAUCGGGGGGGUCGGCUUCGUCGACGUCGUCGUCGUCUAUAACGACGGCGUCGGCGAAGCGCCGGACGGCCGGGGUGGAGGACGCAGGCGGCCCUUUCCUGGUGGUGGCCGGGUGCUCAGGCUGCCUCUCCUACGUGCUCAUCGAGAAGGACAGCCUCCGGUGCCCGCGCUGCGAGUCGCAGACGGUGGCGGCGACGACGGUAAUGACGCCGCCGGCGAAGAGGCCUCGGGUUGAUCUAGAAUUUAAGAUGGGCCUGUAAUUUAAGUUUUUUUUUGUGGGGUGAUUUAUGUAAAAAACAAUUAUUGAGGAGGAUUAGGAAUUUAACAGUUGAAUUAA